AUGCCAAAGCAAAUCCGUGAUAUCAAAGAGUUCCUCCUCACUGUUCGUCGUAAGGACGCCAAGGAGGUCAGAAUCAAGAAGGAUGGUAAGAUCACCAAGUUCAAGGUCAGAUGUGCCCGUUACUUGUACACCCUCCGUGUUACUGAUCAAACAAAGGUCCCAAGAUUGUUGCAAAUCCUCCCACCAAACCUCAAGCAACUCCACGUUGACGCCCCAAAGCCAAAGUCAAACUAA